GUAAUGGUAACGUGCAACUCAGUCGCUCCUCGCUACUCGUGGUUAGAUGUUGAACAUUCUUGUUAACGUAUAUACACCGUGGUAGUAUCGUAUGGUAUAUUCAUUGCCGACAGAAUUUACAAAUAUCAAUUAACACAUAAUCGCAUAGUUUGCGAAUAAGAAUGUGUUACAAUAAAUUUUCUGUGCAAAAUUUAAUUAAAUUUGAGAAUUUUGAAUGUGAAUACAGUGGCUAUUAUUGCGAAUGCGCUAAGUGAACAACAAAAACUCGAGUCUAGAAUUUGAAUGGAAACACUAGAAAGACUAGAAAGAUUUUAUUGAGAAAUUAUUUAAAAAGAAGAAGAAAAAUAAAAAUCACAAAAGAAAACCACGAUUAAUCUGUGAAUUCAUUCAGGUGAUUUUCAUACUCAUGUGAAUAUUAGAUAUACGUAAAUGGAAAUAAAUAACAGAUCUUUUCCAUUGAGGUCUGAGUGAGUUUUGUUAUUUACCAAUCUGAUGUUAUUAUUGUGUGUGCUGUGCAAGACAAGUGUGUAAACGAAUAAAAAAAAACGAAACAUUUCUUCACUAUUUUGAUAAGAUAAAAAUUAAACGAGUCUUUUUCGUAGUCCCAAUAAAGAAAGAAGCUGAAGCUAUCGUUUUAUAAAAAUUCUUCAAGUAUAAGAGAAGACGAAUAAAAAAAAAAAAUCGAAAAUAAAAUGUAACUGCCGCAUAAAGUGUUUAUUCACCUUUCAAUGAAUUUCUGUUAUGAAUAGAACUCUGCUUGGGAAAGUGCCGACAAUUUCAAUAAUAUUGAAAGAUAAUUUAAUCGAUGCUCAUUUCCUGGAUUUCAAUUUAAAUUGCUUUUGUUGAGAAAAACGAAGAGUAUAUUGGAUCAGCAUAAUAGACUGUGUGCACCAGGCAGCAGCUUUAAUAUACCGGAUUUUAAUAUUAGAAACUUGUUCCGCAAAAAAGAUUCGCAGAAAAAAGUCUUUCAUUCCAAUCCUAAAAAACAAUAACCGAAUCAACUGUGAUAAUAUAAAACCAAAACAAACAAAAAAAAUAAACUCUGAAAACAUGCAGUGUGGCAUAGAAUCAAUCAACGAUUGUGAGAGAUCACCUAAUCGAACCGGACUUCGAGUUAACUUUAGCGAAAAAGGUGAAGCCGUUAAAGAGCGAAGGGAAAAAUUUCUAACCGCCAAAUAUGGUUCACACCAAAUGAGUUUGAUUCGAAAACGGUUGGCUGUUGAAAUGUGGCUGUACGACGAACUACAAAAAUUAUUUGAUCCACCUUCUGAAGCGGUGGACGUUGAUAUCGAUGAAAUUUUGGAUAUGGACACAGACGAUAUACGAAGGUCUCAUCUAAGAGAACUACUGUCUGUGAGCAAACGAUCACCUCAAGACAUAUCGAAAUUUAUAACUGAUCUCCUCGAUCGAGCUAAGACGCUAUGAAUACUGUACUGCUAUACAUUAACUUAAACAAACUGUGUAUGUUACUUUUCGGCACUAAUUUUUUUUUAUAUUAAGUAAAUUUACGUAAAUUAACAAUUAAGUCUCAUAUCGUACCACCUUUUACAUCAUCAGCAUCAUCAUCGAUCAUCAUAAUCAAACUAAAUAAUCGUUUUAAUAAGAAAAAAUAGUUAAAUUUUAGAUUGCGAAAUUUAUUGCCGAAGGACUUUUUAGCAGCCAUUUCCAAUCUUGUUGACAAGGAAUUUUCUUGCCACGAAAGAACGGUAAACUUGCGUCUGAUGAAAGUUAAAUUUGGUAAAAAGAAUUGUGUUGUGUCUUGUCUUUUAAUUAAAGGAAUGGGAGAACGAAAUUAGUUACAUUACGAAUCGAUACCUCAGACAUUUUUAAAAUUCCAUCUAACUGAGAGAACGCUACAGAUGUCGAAGAAAAUUUACUAUUUGUCUAAUGUUCUAUUUCAAUGGAAAAUUACUUCAGCCGCGAAAUGAAAUAAAUAUCCGAAAUUAUUUCUUCCGUUAUGGAUAACAUCUCACAUCCGGUAAUGCUUUCCAUUUCCGGUUGACAAUAAAAUUUAAAAAAAAAAAAUAUUUUCUUUCCAACGAUUUUUUAUCAUGGUUCAAUUAAUAAGGGAAAUAAAUAAAAA